AUGCCUCUAUGGGUCGACGCCAUCUGUAUCGACCAAUCCAAUAUCUCAGAACGUACGUCUCAGGUCCGUAUAAUGGAUGAAAUCUACUCCAAGGCGGAUUGUGUGGUCGUGUGGCUGGGCGAAGCAGAAGCAACCGAUAAGCUGGCGCUGGAGUUGUUGAAAGAGGUUCAUGGGCUUUUUGCUGGCUCUACAGCGAUCCCAAUAUUGGAGACUGGUCAGGACGCUCAGGCAUGGGAUGCGUACCUGUCGCCGCGGGUGCCACAAGAGUACUUCACCGCGCUGGCUGCGUUUCUCUCACGACCCUGGUUCAGCCGUAUUUGGAUUAUUCAGGAGUUGUUGCUCGCACGUCGGGUGAAAAUGUGGUCUGGGGCGAGCACGGUUGAUGAAGAGUUUCCGGUCCUUGAAGCAACCGCACCACUUUCGCAAAUGAUAACCUGCGUCUGCAAAAUCAGAUAUGGAGUGAGGGCGAUGAUAUUGAACGAUGAGGAAGCGCAGCGGGCAGCCGAGUUGAAACUGCAAUGUGCGCAUGUUUUAUACGCGAUCAAAUACGCAAGAGAACAGGCAAUGAGUGGCACCUUGUACCUCUUCAUGAUGACCCGAUGGUUCGAUGCAACAGAUCGGCGAGAUAGGAUAUUUGCGCUUGUGGGUCUGACAAGUGACAUCGAUAAGAGCUUCGUGGACUACUCUAAAAGCUACGAGGACGUGAUUAAGGAACUUAGUCUUAUGCUCCUAGAUGGCAAGAUCGAGCCUACAAUGGGUUGUGUGUUGGAUAUCUGGUCGUUCAUCACAAGGGGAGAGGAAGGCGACAUUACAGAGCCGAGUUGGGUGGUGGAUCUACUGAACAUGCAGGACUCCGUGUACACGCCUAUGAUGACUGCAUACCCGUCCUCAAAGCCGGUGAUUGAACGUAGUCCAGAGAUCCAAUUUCUGGAAAGAGAUGGGACGGUAUCUAUUGACAUCCGCGGCAUUGUUUUCGACACGAUAACGCAUGGCAUCCCCUACCCAGUCGCUAUGGGCCCGGGCUAUACCGCGCCACAAUCCUACCUCGAACUUGAGAACCACUUGUCGAAGUAUACCGAUUGGCUUCAACGUGUGGAAGGUCUCAUAGCGCCGUUAGGUGAUCUUACAACACCACCUGUUGGCACGAAACCCUACUCGAUCUACCAACCGACUGGCGAAUUUCCGCAGAAGCAUACGAGCCUCCCGCCAACCACGACGGCUAUUCCUCGUGGCUCGGCCUUCUUCGCUUUCAUCGAUAUCGCCGUGUAA